UUUAUUUUAGCAAUAAAUAAUUUGCUCGUUUUUCGAGCGUUUGUUUUGUAAAAAAUGGUGUUUUGUAUGUGAAAGCGAAUGAUGUCAGUGCUGAGUCUGAUUCCGGAGGAUAAACGUAAAGAUCAAAGAAAAGAAUCCCUGGAGAGCGUAUACAGCAGUAACUCUCGUCUGAACCUGUUGAACAAGCGCAAGCGUAUGAACCCUUUAACGAUGGACGCUUCUAACACAUCGCUCGGCAAGUCGGGAGAUAGAUACGUGACGCAGCGGGUGCUGUCCGCCAAGACACACAGGGUGAAGCAGCUGCAGAACCAGCUGUCUGAUGCGCAUUAUCACUUGCAGGAACUAAGUAACGAAAACAGAGUGCUACGAGCUAUUCAGAAGAAACAAGAAAUCGCACUGCAAAGAUACGAAAACUCAAACGCGGAAUUGCCGCAAGUCCUAAACUCUCACAAUGAAGAGAUGAGGAUACAGCAGUCGAAGUACAAACAGCUGAAGCAGCAAUAUAAGGAGGCUACUAUGAAGCUGAAGGAGAGAGACAUGCAGCUACAACAACUAAAGGAUGAGCACCAGCACCUGCUGGAACUCAGUAAAGAUAGGAACCUUCUCGAACGUGAAAAACUCCAGGCUCAAGUGUCGGAUUUGACUUCGAAAGUGCAGCAACAAAAUGAGAUGAUCACCAUGCUGCAGCGGCGCAUAGCUCUUGAGGCGAAGAACUUUAGGCAUCAACUGCAGAACGAGAUCAACAAGCACAAGGACACGAGACACGACCUGGACCUCGCCAUCAAUAAUGCUGACAAACUUACUACUAUUAUUGAGAUGAAAGAGAAGAUGCUAAGUACAGCAGCGAGUAGAUCGAUCAAGUCUCCAGUGAAGACUGCGUCAGGGACCAGCAUAUCUCUACCCAAGCAGUCAGUUAAGACGAGGUCGGAGACUGACACCAGUGCGACUAGAGGCAGAGACGAGAGAAGAGAAGACAGGCAGAUUGUAGACCAAAACAUAAUGGCGAAAUUAUGUGAGAACUCUCGCAGUAUCAGCAGUGCACUGUCUCAUGACGAAGAAUCGUCGUCUUCCACUGAACCUCGCUCUCGAUAUGCAAGAAGUAGAACCAGCUCCUCCCUUUCAAGAUCUACUCCUAACCCCGGAACUAGAAAGAGCUCGAAAGAAUCAGAUGAAAUUAUGGAGUUGGCUAAAACAGUACAAGACGGAAUGGCAGACCUCACCAUAUUUGACGACGAUCUAGAUUUAAAAUCCUCCCCCGACGAACUGCAGAUGAAAAUGGAAGCUAUGAAGACAGAUCUUAUGAAAAAAAUAAAGAAUAGUGACGAACCUUCGUCUAGAAAGACGAGCGCUUUGAGAAGGAAAUCAACAGAAGAAUCUAUAGAAGAACAAGAGGAGUUAGAAGAUACGGAGCGACCCAAGUCGAGAGGUAGGAGAAACUCUAAUGUAUCCUUCUUUGAACAGGCAGCCAUUGAAGAUUCUAACACAACAGUAGCUGUACAUCAAGGAGAGAUGGAAGUGAAAAUGAAACGUGAAAAUAGUUCAUUGGAACGAAAACUACCCAGCAAGCCUUUAGAAAAAUAUUGCAAAGAUAUCAUUCAAGACAUAGAGAAAAGCAGCAAAGUCAUAGACAAACAUAUGAAAUAUUUCAACCAAUCGAGAUUUGAGAGUGAUAAAUUAGUGCAACAACUAGAAGCCGUCGAUAAAAUUAAUGAAUUUGUUAACGCGAACGUAGAAAUUCCUGAGUCAGCUUUAAAUGAAUUGAACAAUAACUUCAAAAUGUUGACGGAUCAAGUAUUUACCGAUGUUGUUCCCAUGGGAAGGAAGCGAUCUAUAUCGGGUAGACGAAACUCCAGGACGAAUCUACUCGGUGACAACAUGACCAAUCAGGAGAUGUUAGACGACCUACUGGGGAAGAAAUGAUAUACGGCCUUAGAAACUAAACUAUUAAAUUCCGACUGACAUUAAAUGCGGCGAAUCUUGCUCGUUUUUACAUAGAAAAAUGACUUGCCUUGCCGAGAGAUUCGCUUCAAAGUAAUUGGGUAGUUCAGUCAACGGCCGACGUUCAUUAGGCUAAACCAACAUUUUUCACUUAAUUAACUUGAGUUUUUAUUCUGAACAGAACCGUCGCUUUUCAUAGUAAAUUGAAGGUCUCUUGUGAUUGUAAUUAGAAAACAACUUUGUUGAGGGAUUAGACAACGGAUUUGUAUAAGUAAAUUUCGUAGAAGUUCUACCAACUAUGAACCCAAUAAUGUUACAUAAACGUCUCUAAUUAAAUUAACCGGUCACGUAACAGUUUAACUGCAAAUGAUGGAAUUAAUUGGCCGUGGCAAACUUUAGCUACGCGUAACUUUUAUUCUACAUUUUUGACUAAUCGUUUUUGUUUCAGUACUUAUCAAAUUAGAUCAUAACUUCGCAAUUGGUCUUUUUGAGAAAUUGCUGUUAUUUUUGCAGAUAUUUUUUGUACGAAGCUACGCCUGAGUAGGGAAAUUGUUUCCUAAAAGAACUUUUAGAUAGUAGGUACAAUGCUACGUAAAGCGUUUAAUCGAAACAAAAGCUUUAGUAACAGUUAGAAGGAGUUUUCCACUUAAAUACUUGGGUCUAGAAACUAGAUAACGCUAGUAAUCUCUUAAAUAAUAAAUGAAAUUUGUAAUUUAACUUAAAAGUACAAUACCUAAUUUCGGGAAACCGUUUCCCCGGCUAAUUCCGUUGAAAGUUUUAAAACAUUAAAUGUCACUUGGAAAACCAAAUUAAGGAGUUUGUAGAUAUUAGAAAACUUGAGACAGCCUAGAUACUUGUAAACACAAUAAUUAAUAUUUUAGAACCAGAAAUUAAAUCUAGGAAUUAUUAAUAUUUUGAAACGGUAAGGUGAGUUUGCUUCAAGCAUUUAUUUUUUCUUAUUCGAUUAGAAAUGGGUUCACUUGUCAGAACAAAUCGGGAAUAUGCAUUGCAUUAAAGACGAUUUAAUUCCUUUAAACGAUUGCAAUAUAUUAUUUUUAUUUCCUUUUAUUGGAAUCUUGGUUAAAAAUAAAAAGAUAAAUCAUGGUGUAGGUUCAAUGAAUAGUUUGAUUGCAGAAGCGAGUACUUAUAAAGUUAUAAUUAUUGAUCGAGGCAAAUUGUUUGUAAAAAUCGUGGGCUUUGUAGCGACCACAUUUAAUAAGAGUAAUGGGUAAUAUCAAUAAACUGUCUGCAGGUAAAGGGACACAUUUGAUUAACCGACUUCAAAA